AUCGCGUCGUGUCACCGUGAGUGGGCGGAUCGAUAAACAAAACUUUUCCUUUCGGUUGGGGGACGUUGUUGUUUGUCAUUGUUGUGCGGUCAUGGUGCGCAAGGAUGCUAAUUCAUACCCUUCAGCCAAAUACCACAAGCUCUGUCAGGAGGACGAUGGUUUUGUCGAUGCUCAGUUUAAGACAAAGGCACAGCGCAUUCCCUGGAAAGCCAUUGGGUACGCGCUUGUGUUGUUCUCAGCUGGCACCCUCCUGCUGGUGAUUGGGAGUCUUCUUGUCACCGGCUACAUUGAGGAGAAAUAUGCAGACCGCACAUGGCCCGUUAUCAUCCUCGGGGCACUUAUGUUUAUCCCUGGGGCCUACCACUCCUACAUCGCCUACUAUGCCUUCCGAGGUUAUGAAGGAUUCUCCUUUGAUGACAUACCAUCCUUUGAGGAUGAGUAGGGUGGAGGUGAUGGGAAAGCAUUUUUUGUAACCUGUAACCAUGGAGUGUUUUUUCAUAUUCAUUUUUAGUUUUAGUUCUCCUGUUAUGGUGGAUUGCCCCAUUUGUUAUUUUGCUGUGAAACUUAUUUGUGUGUAUUAGUGUACAUUUAAUGUUGAGACUGUCAUUUAAACACUAAAUCAUAUUAACUAGUGUUCAUACUAUUUUGGAGAAUAACUGUAAAUACAUUUCUUUAAACACUGAUUUACACUUUCAAUAAAUUCAGAUUCAAUUUCCAGAGAAGGUUACAAGAAAUACAUAUAUAUUUUAUUAUUUUUUUAUCAGAAUGAUCCAUUCUUGUGGAAAUUAGGAUUAGUAAUGUCAUUCAUGUGCUUGGGGAACCUGAAAACUGCACAGUUAAGAAAUCUGGCCAUCCUUAGUUGCAGUUUUGAUAGCUAGAUGCACAGGCACCUGAGAUUACAGUUAUAUAUGUAUAUUGCUUGUCAUUAUCAAACACUCAUUGUUUAGCUAAUUCCACAUUCUUUUUAUCCCAGAGAUGUUUAAAAAGAAAACAGGGGAAUUUUUAGAUGUUACAUUGUGCCUUGGAUUAUGACAUUUUUGUUGUGCUGUGAGGUAGCAUCAGAGCUCUAGACCGCUCAUGGGCAAAUCACAUUUGUUUUAGAAGAACAUUCUAUCAUUAGAAUAAGGUGAGACUUUUUAAGGGAACGAAUAACAGUCAGAGUGUAUGGUCUCAAAUUCAGCAGGUUGUAAUGGUUUCAGAGGGUAUGUACCAUCUCUCAGCCUCUUAAGAAUAAUGAAAAAUAAGGAGGCAGCUUAAAUAGGUAAUUGCAUUUUAGCAAUGUCUGUAAAGUCAGGUCAGUCAGGAUUGGUUUUGAAAGAAAAAUAUCCCCUGUCCAGUUUGUUUAGUCAGAGGGGAGAAUAAAUGUAGAAUUUGGAAUUUGUCCUUAGGUAAUGUGCCAGAGAAUAUAACAAGUUAGAUAUAUAUAUAUAUGGAAACCAGUACAAACAUAAAAUGUAAUAUCAAAUUUUAUUAUUUUAAUUUCCCUUAGGGAAUAUGGUCAUAUACAUUCCAUGUGGUAUUUUUUAAAUAUUUAAUAGCUGUUCUUCAAUGACUAAUUCUUGAUCUCAUUAGCAUUAUUAUGAAAUAAAUACAAUGGUAAACUUUAGUAUAAAUGAGGUAGUGAAUUCAAACAACAGCCAUUUAUUAUGUGAUAUGUGCAACAGUUGGUUGAUUAGCCUACCCACCCAGAAAAAGUGCGAUGACACAAAAAAUAUAUGAAAUUAUCUAAGACAUGAACCAUGACCUUUUAGGGAGGAAAGCAGAAUGCCCUCAUAAGAAAAGAAAAUUAAAACAACAGCUCUCAGGGAGACUAACCACUUGAAUAUACUAUAGGACCUUAGCAUUAUCAUUAUGGAAUAGACCAUCAGUAAUACAGAUUUUGCAUACUGUGUAGCUUACACAGAUUUUAGAGACUGUCACAGGUAUGUAGAUGGUUCAUUUGAAUUCUUCACUGUGACAAUAUUGGAGGUAAACAGACACUUAUCAAAGUGGUUUGCCACAUAUGCACUAGUCAACAAACUUUCUUUCAUGCAGUUUAUGUUUAAGGUGUGGAAGAAGUCUGAUGUAUUGAGGAAGGGAUGCAUACAUUAUACCUCCAAGAUUUGAAGAUGUUAGUAUUCAGAUCCCAAAAUAAAAGACAGUGAGAAUGUGUGUGUGUGUGUGUGUGUGUGUGUAUAUGCACACAUCUGCAUACACACACCUACCCACACAUGCCUACCCACACAAACCUAAACUCACACACACACACACAAACCCACACACAAACUCACAGACACACUAUAUAUUUAUUUGUGCUGAUGAAUACUGCAGCACAGUUUUGGUAUAGUUUUCACUGAUUUCUUGUUCUAAAGAUUUAUUGUAUGUGUUUAAUUGUAUUGAUUUUAGAGCUCAGAUAUUGGAUCAUUUAUCUGUCAGUGAAGGAAAUGUCAGAAGGCAUAGGAAGGCAAUUGUUAUCUCAGAACAACUGGAAAAAAAUAUAUUAGAAAAUGUAGCAGAGGUACAUAUAAUAAGUGACAUGCAUAUUUUGUGACCAUUUAUUCAGUGUUGUGCCAAUACACCCAUUAUCAAGUAAAGUCCUUAAAGUGUGUAUGUUGACCUUUGAAAAGUUUUACCGAGAGAUUAAGCAUUUACAUCACAUGGUGCAAAAUAUUUUAUAAAGUUAUAUAUAUAUGAAGAUUGUAAAAUUACUUUAGUGCAAUAAAAGAAUGUAUUGCAGAAUAAAUGUCUUUGUAUGG